ACGAUGGAUUUGUAUGAACGCAUCGAGCUGAACAGAAGGAAAGAAUUGCCACACCUGCAGCGAAGGCAGCGGCAGCGAAAUGAGAAGAGAAGAAAGCAAUCGAAUGCCGGUAGUAAUGAGACGUCGUGCAUUGCCGGAAGCGAUCGGGAACGGAGUAUCCUUAGCCCCGCUGCGGGUGAAUAUCCACAUCCGCUGCGACCGUUAAACACCUGCGAUCCGCUGAGAGGGACGGAAGAGCCGUCACAGCGGUGGAGUAACCACGACAGUUGCUUUGUAGGCAACGAUGCAGCGGAGGGCGGCCGUUCGGGCCGAAAUGUAAACUGUGCGCCCGCCAGCUCUUGGCGACCGCCCACCGAUUGGCGUGACAAACAGUGUACACGCAGCCGGAGCCGCCGAAAAGUGAUGGCGUACCGGAGCCCACUCACCAUCCCCCGGUGGCGACAAGCCCUUAUCACCGGUGCCAUAUUCCUGCUAGCGGUUCUGCUUCCCGCAGCAAUCGCCGGUUCGCCCAAGUACGAAACGGCGUACGCAUGCGAAGGGAAAACGCUCAUGAUCGAGUGUGAACCGGGCGAUCUGAUCAAUCUAAUACGGGCGAACUACGGUCGCUUUUCGAUCACCAUCUGCAACGAUCACGGUAACGUGGACUGGAGCGUCAACUGUAUGUCGCCCAAGAGCCUGCGGGUGCUGCACUCGAAGUGUGCCCAGAAGCAGAACUGCUCCGUGCUAGCGUCGACCAGCAUGUUCGGCGAUCCGUGCCCGGGCACGCACAAAUAUCUCGAGGCACACUACCAGUGCGUGUCGGCGGCGCAGUCCUCCACCACCACGAACCGGCCGAGCCCGCCGUGGCUCAAGACGUCCCAGCCGAUCGUGUGGAGUACGUCCACCGUGCGCAGUCCGGUACUGAGUCGGCUCAAUCUAACCACCGAUUUAGGGGGUGGCGGUGGCGAAGUGGCCGUCGUGGCAGCCGUUACGCCCGCCCUGUCAACACCGGCCGUCACGUUACGCCCCGGUGCAAGCGCCGGGAACGUCGGUACCAAAACCAGUCAAUCACCGACCACCUUCCGGAACAAGGGGUUCGAGAACAAGAGCGUCAAUGACGAUCUGGCCAUCAUCAAGACGAUCACUGACCGGAAGAAAGGUGGCGAUCCGGUGGAGCCGCUCGGGCCGAGGACUCCGUACGGUGGUGUGGAGGCCGGUGCAGCCGGAACGUCCGGAGGCGGCGGCCUGCAGAAGGAGGAAGACGAUGACGAUGGUGCCGACCUGUUCCCGACCCAAACGGCAGUAUUAUCCGGUGCAGCAGCACCACCCGGCGUCCGGAAGCUGGACCCCGCCGGUACGCCGACCAGCGUCAAUGGCGGGGGCAGCGUGCAGAUUGACAUUAGCCACGCGUGCGGACCGAGCACCGCCCGCAACCUGUUCUGGAAUGUGACGCGCGUGGGCGAGGUGAACGUGCAGCCGUGUCCGGGCGGUGCGACCGGCAUCGCCAAGUGGCGGUGCGUGGCGGUCGCCUCGCUAACGCCCGAGCAGCGCGUCCACCUGCAGCAGGAACACCAGCAGAUGCUGCAGAUCCAGGCCGCACAGCAGCAGUCGGCGGGAGGCGCGGGCGGCGUUAACGCACCGUCAGCGGACGAUAGUGGUAGCCAUGGUGAUAUUAGUUUUAGUAGCAACAGUGUUGCCCUUAGCGAUAAGCAAUCGAUGGUCGGUGCCGCUACCUGGUACGCCUACCGGCCGGACCUAACGCAGUGCCGCAGUCUGUGGCUGAACAAUCUCGAGGUGCGCGUGCAGCAGCCCGAUUCGUCGCUCAUCUCGAUCGCGAACGAUCUGGCGCAGGUGACGAGCAGUAAGACGCUGUACGGCGGCGACAUGCUCGUCGCGACCAAAAUCAUCCAGACGAUGUCGCAAAAGAUGCACUACGACAUCGAGACAAUACCGGACCAGCGGCAGCGGGAGGCACUCGUGUUCGAGCUGCUGAACAGUGUGGUCAAAACCGGGAGCAACCUGCUCGACCAGUCGCAGCACGCCAGCUGGCUGGAUCUGAGCGUGGAGGAUCAGAUGCGGGUCGCCACCUCGCUGCUGACCGGGCUGGAGGACAACGCGUUCCUGCUGGCCGACACGAUACUGCGCGAAAAGCACGUCGUGCAGAAGGUGAAGAACAUUCUGCUCUCGAUACGCGUGCUCGAGACGCGCAACUUUGGCAAGAGCACGGAGCUGUUUCCCGACUCGUCCACCGAGCGGUGGCAGGUCAGCAGCGAUCAGAUCGAGCUACCGAAGGCGGCCCUGAUCGAGAACAGCGAGGGCGGCCUGGUGCGUAUCGUGUUCGUGGCGUUCGAUCGGCUCGAGCAGAUAUUGCGCCCACAGUUCAGCAACAUUCAGCAGCAGCAGCAUGGUUCCGGUGGCGCAGGGCCAUCGUCCGGACGGGUUGAGCCGAGCCAGCACCGGCACCUGGACACGGACGGCAUCGCAUCAGCCAACGUUGCCGGGCUGGGCGCAAACGAUGGCACCUUUGGGUCGUCCGCCGGUGGCGGUGCGGGCACACGCAGCACCGAUGCGGGCUCGCCGUCCGACGCGGGUGUCACGGUGGUGCCGCGUUUGCGAUUGCUCAACAGCAAGGUGAUUUCCGCCAGCCUCGGCAAGGGUCGGCACAUUCAACUUUCGCAACCGAUCCGCAUGGUUCUGCGGCAUCUGCGCACCAAAAACGUGUCCAACCCGACGUGCGUAUUCUGGAACUACAUUGACCAUGCGUGGUCGGAGGACGGCUGCCACGUGGAGUACACGAACAGCACGCACACGGUGUGCAUGUGCAACCAUUUGACGAACUUUGCGCUGCUCGUGGAUGCGGUGGACAACGAGACGCAGCUGUCGUUGCUGUCCCAUCUGGAUGACAGUUUGCUGCUCUACAUCGGCAUCGCCGUACUGGUCGCCGUAGUGGUGAUCGCUCUGUUCGCGCGCAAGCUCUGCUACAGCUCGGUGCUUGCCAAGCUGCGCAACGGUGGGCCCGAAGCGGGUGCUGCCGGUCUACGCGGAGGGCCCAUCGAUCGGGAUCCUGCCGGGCUGUCCAUCUCCGCACAUCACGGCACGGUUGCGGGUCGACUGCAUCAUCACCAUCAUGGCGGUAGCAACAAUGCGGGCGUGGAUCUGCAUCAUCCGACCGUCGCGACGGCGGGCCACCACCAUCAUCACAUGGUGCAUCAUCAUCUGCCACCGCCGGGCACCGGCCACCAUCUGCUGGUUGCGGACGAUUUCCACCAUCAGCAGCAGCAGUCGCAACAGCCGCACCCGGCAAACAACAACCUGCACAAUCACCAUCCGAACAAUCUGGCCGGUGGUGGCAAUCAUCAUCACGUCAACAGCAACAACCUGGUAACGACCACCUUCAACAAUCUGAACGGCGGCGGUGGAAUCGGGGGCGGCAACUGUUCGCCCUCACCGCCGGGCAGCGGGUACGACCAUCACCAUCCUGGCCAUCAUCUCGCCCGGCUGAACAACAAUGUAAAUGUCAACUUCCCUAGUAAUAUUAGUAGCAGUAGCAACAAUAGCACUAACAACAGUGCCGCCGCCGCCGCCGCCCUCCUGCUCACCGGUGCGGGCAAGGGCGGUGACGAUGCGCUGGCCAAACCUUUCCCCUCCUAUCGCACGAAUAAUAAUCAAAUCAAUCUAUUACGCGCAGCCAAUCAUCACGCACAACAACAACAGCAGCAGCACCAGCAGCAGCAGCAACAGCAGCACCAGCAGCACCAACAACCUGCACCAUCAGCCAACGCACCAUCUGCAGCAGUCCUCCUUCAGCAGCAACAGCACCACCACCGCCACCACCUCCACCACCAACCGCAAGCUGCCGCAGCCACCGCUGGCACCAUCCUCCUACAAGGGUUCGGCGGUGAUGGCGGCCCAUCAUCACCAUCAGCAUCAUCUCUAAUCGCGUCCACCUCGCUGAUCACGACGAUCGCGCAGCCCACCUCCCAGCAGACAUCGCCAGCGGGCAGGGGAAGGGGUGGCGGUGGUGGCAGCAUGGACAGCAGCGGAAGCGAUCGCAGCAGCAGCGGAAGUACUACCGCCGCCGAGAUGGUUGCGUACAAUCUGAGCGGUGAGAUCGGCGAUGGUGGUGCGGGGUUGGCCAAUGGUGCCGGUUCGCCCGGGAAUCAGCUACACCUGCACCAUCAUCAGGGCAGUAUUGGUAGCAGCGCUUCCUCGGGUUUGCUAGUCGUUGCUGCCGGUGGUGGGAAUGCGGGUGGCAGCGUGAGUGUCGGUACGGCUGGCACAAUCACCUCGUCCGCGUCGUCGAGCGCGAGUGCGAGUGUGCCGCUGCUGCACCAUCACCACCAUCACCAUCUGCAUCACCAUCUGCACCAGCAUCUGCACCCGGGCGGUUCUGUCUCACCACCGUCCGAUCAUUCCUCCGUACCGAUCCCGAGCAAGCGGAACCUUUGAACCGAUCGUCGCCACAAUCACUGCAGUGCACGCAAGCGUAUUCCUGCAUUCGCUUUUAAAGCGGUUUGAAAGGUUAAAGGGCCGUGUUAUCAGCCGACAUGGACCGAGACAGAGAGAGAGAGAGUACGGGCCGGUAAGGCAACUAACGAAGGGAAUGAUGGCGACGACGGACGACGACGACAACAACGAUGCUCUCCCCAUUGACACACCGGUAUGUGGAUCGCGAUCGGUAUGAAUUCUUGUUUGUUUGAAAAAGCAAUCAGUCUUAUGUGUUGUUGUUGUUGUUGUUGUGUUAUACUACUGUUGUUGUUGUUGUUGUUGUUGAUUGCGUUUUAUGGCACUUUCCGUUGGCGUUACUUUAGUUCCGUUUCACACCGCCCGUUUUGUUUUAUGCGAUCACUGGCGUGGUGUGAUCACGUGUACGAAUAUGUAAUUUGAGUUUUUAUAUGUAAGGAUAGCAAUGUUUUACUUUUUUUUUUGAACACAUGUAGCAUUUCCUAAUUUAAUUGUUGUUUAGUGUUUCAUGUGUUAUACAAUCGGCAUAGUAUAGAAGCAAUCUCCGUGCGGUACGUGUGUUAUAGAGCUUUGUAUGAUUUAUAUAUGGAUUGAAUUGAGUGCGUGUGUGUAUUAUUUAUAAGCUUUAGUCAGGUUAACAUCCAUUCUAAAUUGAUUUCGCACCUUAAACUCCACUGUUUGCCAUUGUGCAAUACUCUCCCGCAGCGUUUGAUUGUUUAUAGCUCUCAUUUAUCUGAACGCCCAUUCCUUUCUGUUUUUUUUUUUUGUAUAGUGUGCUAUUUAAUUUAACAAAAUAGUUUGUAAUAUUGCAUAAAAUAUUGUUUUAAAAAUAAAGGUUAACAAUGUUUAUGUCCGUUUCAUGCUGUGUUCCCUCCCACGCACCACGCAUUUAUAGUGAUGGGGUCUACUCCGUGGAGAAGAGAAGUAACGAUAGCCACCAGUGGAACUAAAAUCUGCCUUGGACUACGCGAACGUCUCAUUUCUGCCCCCAAAACUGCACGCUGCGUUAGUAUUUUAAAGAACAAAAAACACACACACACAUCAAUUCAAGCAUUCUCACAAAAAUACAAUGUAAAUAAAUCUAUUUACUACGGCAAUGCGAGCGGUAGGACACAAGGUGCAUCCGCUCCUGUGCGCACAUACAGUGAAUAGGAAUCUAGAAAGCAGACGCGAUAGUAUGAUGUGUAUUAGGUAUAUGUGAUUGUGUGUGUGUCUCCGGCGACCACAAACAUAAUAGGAACAUAUUUAAAGCAAGUAAAAACAAUGCAAAACAUACUGCUGCAAAUAGGAAUCAUUUAAAGCAAAGAAAUGAGGGAGAAUGAAGUCAUUUGUGGGUUUCCAUCGAUGUCUCGCAUGCAAGGAAGCAAUACCAUUCUACUACUACUACUACAACUACUAUUACAUCUUCAAUACCUGUGAGGCAUGAUUGGUAGUGUUUCGUUACAUAGGAUAGCAAGAAAAGAAAAACUAAACAGGGAAAAGGGAACGAGAAAAGUUUAUCGAAUGACCAGCAUCCAAGAGAAGGAGGAGAGCGUGAAACAACGUGGAAAAUCAGAGGUGAUAAAGGAGAGUGAUAGAAAUCAAUCAAUCAAUAUGUGUUGGUGGCUGAAUGUAUAAAACGGAAGAAAAAGAAGAAAAAAACAGUUCAUAUGAAACAAUGUUGUAUAGCUACACUAAUCGUAAGCGUUCGUAAAAUCGCGACAGUACCACAAGAAUCUAGUUUUUAUUUAACACAAACCACUAGGAAAGACGAAGGCGAAGGAAAAAGGGAAGGGUGUAAAAUGAUAAAAGUUGUUAGUUAGUGUACACUCACCACCAGCCGCCAGCGCGCUUUAGUUUUUCGGUACCACCCCUUCACCAAACACACCGCCGCUGGGUAGGAGAGUAGGAGCCAAACCAAGAAUGAACGAAUGGGAUGCAAAGGGAUGUGCAAACCUUUCCACGUGUUCCAUUCGAUCGCGCAAACGUUACGCUCGCGUCAUCCCUAUUCGCGCACCCCGAUGACCCACGGGGCCGGACCGAAGACUCGGUGCGCAUUAAUUAUUGACUUUUAUUUAAUAGAAGCUAGCGAAAGAAGAGGGUGCACGGCACACAGGAUGAAAGGUGACAGGGCUAUCCCGUUUUCUCACACGCCGUGUGAUUUGAUUGUAGACCCUGCGCGCUCGCGGAAAUCAUCAAAUAUGUAUACAAAGAUUUUCCUUCACAGACAAACACACACACACCACGACAUUCAAGCGCAGUUUGAGCGCGUAUUGUUCGGCAGAGGAGUAGAACAGGCUUUCCAAACGUUCUGAGCAACAGCAGAGUAAGGAUGAAGGGUGAGAAUGUGGAAGAGGGGUAGCUCUAAAAUGCCCGCUUUUUUAUCAUUCCCACAGAGCGCGUACCAUGACGGGAAAGGGGUGUGUGUGUGAGAGCUAGAAAUGGAAGGAAAUUAGGAAGGAAGUAAUAAAACAAAACUGGUUAAAAAAUGAA